AUGGAUGUUGGAGAGGUCGGAAUGGAUAUGCCCGUAGAUUUGUUGGACAGCCUGGAAGGAAUAUUAGAUAAGGUGCAAUCUCCAAAUUCGACAGCAGAGAUAACCUCGACUGCCUUAGUAAAUAUUCUAAGUAAUAAUGUGCCACCAUUGGCAUUUUACGAAGGCUCUCUAGAAUAUCCACCUUGCUCGGAAUCUGUGAUUUGGUUUAUAAAUGAUUCUGAAAAUUCUGUUAGUGGCGACCAGCUAAAUGCAUUCAGGAAAAUAAAGUUGGCAAAUGAUGACGUAUCAAAUGUUAGACCUGCACAGGCGUUAAACGAUCGUGAAGUUAAGAGGGUGUAUACUAAGUACUAAAUCUCUGU